CGUCGUCUGCUAGUUACGCUGUCAAUAUUGAAAUUCUGAUCGUUGUGGUAACUGGUAUCAAAUACUCUUCUAGAACACUCGGUUUACCUGUCAAGUGUUCAUAGUUUAUCAUGGAAGAAUCGAUCGAAAAAACCAAAGAAUCUGUUCAAGAAGAGAUUAAAGAUCAGGAAAGUGGUAAGACAGAAGAUCAUGAAGAUAGCAAAAAAAUAAAAGUUCCAGAUCCAAGUAUGCAUGAAGAGCAUGAUGAAAAGAUACAAACUCUUGAAACUGCGGACACCACUGGUGGUGAUGAGCAAUCAAUAAUAGAAGGUGCUUGGGCUGAUGUUCUUGGAAGUGGCCAAUUGAAAAAGAAAACUAUUAAAAAGGGAACACCAAACGCCAGACCAGUUACUAGUGAAAUUUGCACCAUCAAAAUAUCUGGAGAACUUGCAGAUGGAACAUUUGUUGAUGUUAAAGAUAAAUUCUCAUUCCAACUUGGAGACUUGGAGGUUAUUCAAGGCAUCGAUCUAAUCGUCGCGUUAAUGGACUGUGGAGAAAUCAGUCAAGUCGAGGUUGCACCUCGAUUUGCGUAUGGAAGCCUCGGAAAUGGAAAAGAUAUCCCGCCAGAUGCUACUAUUCUUUACACUAUUGAACUUUUGGAAAUUUCCAAGGAGGAAGAUUUGGAAUUGGUCAACAUCGAUGAAAGACUCCGGAUAGGAAAUGCUAAACGCGAACGGGGUAAUUGGUGGUAUAGUCGGGGUGAUUUCACUUCAUCCAUUCAGUGUUAUAGAAGAGCUUUGGAUUAUCUAGACACAGAGAACGAAACAGAAACGGAUUCACCUGAAAAAUUGCAAGAGAUUUUAGACGAUCGGCUAAAGGUAUACAAUAACAUGGCAGCAGCACAAAUGAAAAUUGAAGCCUACGAUGCAGCUCUAAAAUCCGUUGACAACGUCUUGAGGUGCCAGAAAGAUAACGUCAAAGCCAUCUAUCGCAAAUCAAAGAUUGUAACAGCGAUGGGGAAAAUGAACGAAGGAAUUGCUCUGUUGGAAAGGGCUCUGCAUCUCGAUCCCUCCAGUAAAAUCGUUCAGCAAGAUUUGAUGCGUUUGCAAGCCAAACAGAAACUAGAAGUCCAAAAGGAGAAAUCUCUAUAUAAAAAAAUGUUUAAUCUUAAUUCUACCCCCACACCGAAAACUUCACAAGGCAAACCCAAGGUUAAGCUGACGGUGCCAUGGACAUUGAUGAUUGGAGCAGUAACUGCAGUUGUAGCAAGUUACGUUACAUACCGUUUCAAGCUAUUCUAGGCAUUUUUUUAGUGGCUCACGCUGUAAGGUACUGAUCAAAUAUUGAAGUUGCUUUGAAAUUUCAA